GGCUUUUUGCUCCAGAGGAGUCAGGAAAACUUUCAGAGUUGUAGAACCUAAAACUUCAGCCUGUCCUUGCUUGCAGUAGGAACACUGUCACCUCAGGAGCCUUCUUCCUGAAGACCUGAGAGGAUGAGUGGUCAGACCCCACCCACACUCCAGAAGCUAGCAAGGCAGACACUGCUGAGAGAUGAGGCUUUGGCCAUAUCCUCUCUGGAGGAGCUGCCAGCUGUGGUCUUCCCACCACUGUUCCAAGAGGCCUUUGCUGGCAGACUCAACAAGCUCAUAAAGGCAAUGGUGGCAGCCUGGCCUUUCCACGAUCUCCCUGUGGGGCCAUUGAUAAAUAUGCAUAACCUGGAAACCUUGCAAGCUCUGCUAGAUGGAGUAGACAUGAGACUAACAAGAAAAUUUCACCCCUGGAGGCCAAAACUUCAGGUUCUCGACAUGAGAAACGUGGACCAUGUCUUCUGGAACAUAUGGAGCGAUGCAAAUGACAGUGACUCUGAUGCAGAGACCUUGGAUGAAAAGCAAGUAGUGAAGGCCCCUCGCAGAUAUGCACUGAGGCAGCGUCUGAAGAUCAUAGUUGAUCUGUCAAUCAGUUCUCAGCUCAAUGAACAAAAAGCAUAUUUCUUGAAUUGGGCCAAGCAGAGAAAGGGGUCCAUAAAUUUCUGCUGUACAAAGAUGAAGAUCUGGGAUGCACCAGACGAAGUUAUCAGAGAAAUCAUGAAUGUUUUCCAUCCAGAGCACAUUACAGAAUUAGAACUGUAUACCGACUGGACUCUGUUGCGGCUGGCACAUUUUGCUCCCUACAUUGGGCAGAUGAAAAAUCUUGAAAGAGUCUUCCUGGCACCACUCCACAAGAAUACCUCCCCUAUUAUGAAUUUGACAAGGGACUCAAAAGUCAAGUGUAUUAAAAAAAUUAUUUCUCAGUUUUCCAAAUUCAACUGUCUCCAACAUGUCUUCAUGAAACGUGUCCAUUUUCUCAGAGACCACCUGCAUCAGAUACUAGGGUGCCUGAGGACGCCCUUGCAGACCCUCUCCAUCACUCACUGCCUAAUUUCACAGACAGACUUGGAUUCCUUUUCCUGCUGUCACAACCUUUUUAAGUUAAAAAAUCUGGAAAUCAGAGGAGUGACAUUAUUUGCUCUCGAUCUUAUGCCUCUGAGAGGUCUCCUAGGAAAACUGGCAGGUACUCUUGAGUCUCUGGAUUUUCAGUGGUGUAGCAUGAAGGACUCCCAGCUCAUUGUCCUCUUACCUGCCCUCAGUCAAUGCUCUCAGCUCAACCAGAUCAACUUCUACAGCAAUGACUUCUCCAUGGCCAUCCUGAAGGACCUUUUGCAGCACACAGCCAACUGGAGCAAGAUGAAUGUGGAACAAUACCCUGUCCCUCUGGAGUGCUAUGAUGCAUUGGGUCAUGUCUCCAGAGAAAGAUUUGUGGAACUUUGUCAGGAGCUCAUGGAUACCCUCAGGGCCAAAAGAGAGCCUAAGAGCAUAUCUUUUGCAACAAAUGUCUGCCAAAAUUGUGGCAAGACCUGUGUCUAUGGCCAGGGGGCAAGACUUUGUUCCUGUUUGCAGUAAACAUGGAUACAGGACUUCUGAAUAUGAAUAAAUGACAUGCUUGGGACACAUCUCUCAUCCAGGGUGCUCAGAGACUGUGACUUCAGACACUUCCCAUAUGGUUAGAAGUAAAGAGAUGUGUAGUGACUGGGACCCUGAAUGCUUAGAUAGAAAUGUGGACUAUUCCAAUAGACUGUUGGACCAGGGACAUGAUGGAAUCAGAAAAACAGUUUGGCAUUUAUAUGUGGCUUCUGCCCAGACAGUAUAUUUAGAUGCUUUUUUGUGUACCUAUAACCUCUCUCUCCAGGGUCUUUGACUUUUACCAACCUUACUACCAGGUUCAGGGUCAGGAUGAUAGAAUAGGUCCAGGAUUGGAAAGACACUGUUAUUUUAUGAAGGAAGCAAAGUUCCAGGUGAAUAUGGCAUGUAUAAAAUAAAAGUUUUCUUGACACAUCUUUCCCUGGUCUCUUGCCUGGGCUACAUGUAUAACACUUUUGUGUGGCUGAUCAGUUAUGUGCACAAAACAUUUACAUUAAUGUGAGGAAGAUAAACACAAAUCUUGUGAAGGGGGGAUUAAGAGGAUCACAGAUGGUUAAUAUCCAGUAUGUUGAGACCACAAGGCACCUUGGACCCAUCAAAGAUGCCUAAAGGUAGGAAGACAACAUAGAGCAAAGUAAACAGGCUUUCCAUUCUAGCUUUAAAUCCUGAUCUUUUUGUCAUGCCUUAAUGAGCUUACUAACCAGAACCUCUAUAUACAGUCUUUAUGCCACAUGUCUCUAGAGCUCUAUUCCUAUGGAGUCCCAAACUCUAUGAAGUAACCAUAGUGUAUAAAAAGGUGCCAACAAUUAUGCAGGUACCUUUGCUACAUAAAGUAUUUACUUUCAAAAAGACUUGUAUUUUAAAUCUUCAGUUGUAAUAAAAAUAAAAGAAACAAAAAUC